UUUGUUUUGAAGAAAAAGGACGAGAAUAAGAAGAAGCGGCGGCCGCGUGACGCGUCGCCGGAGCCGUUCAUCUGGCCGGUCUUCGGCGAUCUGAGCUCCUCGCCAGCAUUAAUGUCCCCGAAUUUAUUAAUAUUAUGAGUAAAUAAUUACUUCAAAAAUGAGACUAAUUAUUUUUGGUGCCCUAGAAACUGACAGGAACUCCCCUUGAAAGGUGAGCUACCGUCUUUGAUCUUCUUCGGUUUCUUGUUUUCUUCUGAUUCCUUGUUGUUUAAGGUUUUUCAAUUCCUGAUUUUAUAAGGUUUUUUCUUUUGAUUUUAAAGAUUCAUAUUUGGUCCAAAGAACAGGAUUUUAUGGGAUUGCGGUCUGUGGUUUGAUCGCUUCAAUUUUGGGGUUCUUUUUUGGAGCAAGUGAAGAAAUGUUUUUUCUAUUUGCUUCCAUUUGCCGUAGAAUUGUUUUUUCUUGCUUCCUCUCUCUCUUGUUUGUUUCCUGUACCACUCUCUCUCUCUGUCUCUCUAACUAAGAAAGCAAUUGAGUUGUUUGUCCUUUGUGACUCUCCCUCACACCUUGCUAUGGAAUUGUUUUUCCCUGUUUGAUCUCUCUCCUUUUCUUUGAUUGUUUGUUGUUUGAUCUCUCUUACAAAGCAAUUAAAUUGGUGUUCCUGUGUGACUCACUCACAACACACACCUACCAAUCGGAUAGGUUUUCCCUGUUUUUUCGCUCUCUCUCUUGACGCCCCCGUUGUUCUAACUCUCUCUGACAAAUUCAAUUCUUCUUCUUGUUUAUUUCUAUUGGUUCUCUCUUUUCCUCCAUGGAAAACUACAAUCCCCACUCCUUCUCUGAUAACCGUCCUGGGCCGGACUCUCAGUCCUUCUUCUCCCCCUUUCCUCCAAACUCUGAGAAUCGGCCGCCGUGUCCUCCACAUCCCCACCAUGGUUAUAGUCCCCUUUCAAACCAUCCUUACACUUACUCCAACUCUCUCCCUUCUCACCCUGCCUACCCCCACUCUGGUCCUUUAGACCAUAUCCCACCUCCAUAUCCAUACCCAAGUACCCCUCCUUAUACAUACUCAUAUCCCAGUUCUUAUUAUCAACCACCCCCAUAUCCAAGUUCUUAUGAUCCACCACCUCAUUUGUAUCAUGAACCUCAUGUAGCCUACAAUUCACCUCAACCCAGUUUCGCGAAUCCGCCGAAUUUUCAGUAUAAUUCUUCUUUCAACAACCCACAUUACCAUUUUCCGCAAGAGAGUGUUUCGGGGCACCUGAUAGAAGUGACUUCAUCUCCUGUUGCCCCGAAACCUUCUUCUCAUGUUGAUUCUUUCUCUUCAUCUUCGAAUUCUCUUUACCCGCCUGUGGAGGAUCUUGUGUCAGGUAUUCAAUUGUCAGAACGACCAUCUGCCUCUUUAUACGGCUCUCACUCUUUCAAUAGCAGCCAGAGCCCGAGGCCUCAGGGUGGUAGCUUCUCUCACCCCUCUCCUGGUUCUCUCUCUGGUUCAAGCUCUUUCAAUAGCAUUCCUAGCCCAAACUCAAAGCCUUUCUCUCACCCCUCUCUAGUUUCACCAUCUAUGGAUUCCUCACAACAUAACCAGACACUGCAAAUUGUACCAUUUGAGCCCUCAAAAGGCUCUUUAAAGGUUCUUCUUUUACAUGGGAACUUGGACAUAUGGAUCCUUGAAGCUAAUAACCUACCCAACAUGGACACAUUCCACAAGACCUUAGGCGACAUGUUUGGGAAGAGAUUUUCGUCCCCUGUGGCUAGUAAGAAUGAGGGCCACAUGCCCCAUCAACACAUUACCAGCGACCCAUAUGUAUCAGUUCAUGUGUCUAAAGCAGUAGUCGCAAGGACUUACGUUAUCAGUAAUAGCGAGAACCCAGUUUGGAAUCAGCAUUGUUGGGUCCCUGUUGCGCAUUAUGCAGCAGAAGUACAAUUCGUUGUUAAGGAUAAUGAUGUUGUUGGUAGUCAGUUUAUUGGGACAGUUUCCAUACCCACUGAGCAAAUUUGCUCUGGUUCAAAAGUUGAAGGACUCUUCCCAAUUUUGGGUUCAAAUGGAAAACCUUGUAAAGCUGGAGCUGUUCUUAGGCUCUCUAUUCAGUUUAUUCCAAUGGAGAAAUUGACGAUUUAUCAGUUUGGAGUAGGUGUUGGACCUGACUAUUGCGGGGUGCCUGAUACUUAUUUUCCGUUGAGGAAGGGAGGGAAAGUUACUCUUUAUCAGGAUGCUCAUGUGCCUGAUGGAUUCUUUCCUGGUUUGAAGCUUGAUGGGGGUUUGAGAUAUGAGCAUGGAAAGUGUUGGGAGGAUGUUUAUAAAGCAAUAAGCCAAGCUCGACGGUUGAUUUAUAUUACUGGGUGGUCGGUUUAUCACAAGGUUAAGUUGGUCAGGGAGCAGGGUGUUAAUGAUUGUGAUUGCACACUUGGGGAUCUUCUUAGGUCCAAGUCACAGGAAGGCGUGCGGGUGUUGCUCCUUGUGUGGGAUGAUCCCACUUCGAGGAGCCUACUUGGUAUCAAAACGGAUGGUGUCAUGCAAACCCAUGAUGAGGAAACACGAAGGUUUUUUAAGCAUUCAUCCGUGCAGGUGUUGCUUUGUCCUCGAUCUGCUGGAAAGCGGCAUAGUUUCUUCAAACAACACGAAGUUGGAGCAAUCUAUACUCAUCAUCAGAAAACUGUGAUUGUGGAUGCUGAUGCUGGUAACUAUAAAAGAAAAAUUAUAGCUUUUGUGGGAGGACUUGAUUUGUGUGAUGGAAGAUAUGAUACUCCAAAGCAUCCACUAUUCAGGACUUUACAGACUGUGCACAAAGAAGAUUAUCAUAACCCUACUUUUCCGGCAGGGCCUGACGUGAGUGGUCCAAGAGAACCAUGGCAUGAUUUGCAUUCUAGAAUUGAUGGUCCAGCGGCAUAUGAUGUUCUCACAAACUUUCAAGAGCGUUGGUUGAAGGCUUCCAAACGACAUGGACUUAGUAAACUCAAGCGAUCAUAUGAUGAUUCUCUACUCUUACUUGAAAGAAUUCCUGACAUAGUUGGGUUGGAUGACACUUCAUACUCAAAUGAGUCAGAUCCAGAGUCAUGGCAUGUUCAGAUUUUCCGGUCCAUUGACUCAAAUUCGGUCAAGGGAUUUCCCAAAGACCCAAAAUUUGCCACUAGCAAGAACCUUGCGUGUGGGAAAAAUGUUAUCAUAGACAUGAGCAUACACACAGCUUAUGUAAAGGCCAUUCGAUCUGCCCAACAUUUCAUUUAUAUCGAAAAUCAAUACUUCAUUGGAUCAUCAUAUAAUUGGUCUGCACACAGUGAUGUUGGUGCCAAUAAUCUGAUACCCAUGGAGAUUGCCCUUAAAAUUGCUAGUAAGAUCAAAGCCAAUGAGAGGUUUUCUGCAUAUAUAGUUAUUCCAAUGUGGCCAGAGGGUGUUCCAACAAGUGUACCUACGCAAAGGAUUCUUUUCUGGCAGCACAAAACAAUGCAAAUGAUGUAUGAGAUCAUCUAUAAGGCAUUGGAAGAAAUGGGGCUUGAAAAGACAUAUCAGCCUCAAGAUUAUUUGAACUUCUUCUGUCUUGGAAAUCGUGAGAUCCCAGAUGGAGAUAUUUCAGUUUCAAGUCCAGCAAAUAAUCCUCGUGAACUUGCUAAAAGGAGUGGACGAUUCAUGAUCUAUGUUCACUCGAAAGGCAUGGUAGUGGAUGAUGAGUAUGUAAUCAUCGGAUCGGCAAACAUCAACCAACGAUCAUUGGAUGGUUCUAGGGAUUCUGAAAUUGCAAUGGGUGCUUACCAGCCCCAACAUACAUGGGCUAGAAACUUAUCAAAUCCAUGUGGUCAGGUCUAUGGCUACCGAUUAUCGUUAUGGGCGGAGCACACCGGUUUAGUUGAUAAGUGCUUUUCUAAUCCAGAGUCUCUAGAAUGUGUGAGAAAGAUAAGGACACUUGCAGAGAUGAACUGGAAACAGUUUGCUUCAGAGGAGAAAACAGAAAUUAGGGGCCAUCUCUUAAAAUACCCUGUUGAGGUUUUGGCAAAUGGUAAGGUGAAGGCCCUACCUGGCUGUGAAACCUUCCCUGAUGUUGGGGGAAACAUACUAGGCACCUUCUCCAUCAUUCAGGAGAAUCUAACCAUAUAAAGCUUCUUGUAUUAUAACUUGGUGUUAAUUCUUUGACCGGAAAGUAAUAUAAUUGAUGUGAAGAAUGAAGGGUGAUGAAGGGCUUUCAUUUGUUGCAAUUAUGAGUCUAUUUUUAAGAAAUCUCUAGUCCAAGGCAAGAAGUCUUUUGUGCCAUUUCUUGGAAAAGGUAUUUCACUUAUCACACUAGUAAGGUUACCUUGUGUGGGCAACUCAUCAGCACCUCUAGACAGGGCCGAGAAGUUCAGAGGGAAACAAAUGGAAAAAUAUAGUAUGAUCCACGUGUUCAUGAUAACAACAUCACCGUUGGGUUACCACUGUGCAUUCAAAUGGGUUCGACAUGGUUGUUAUCUCUGUGCAACGGAAUGGGUUUGACAGUGAAUGGUGAUGGCCGGAAGACAGGAGAUACAAAUGAAUUGUAAUGCUUGAUGGGACCUGCUCCCUCUAUCACCAUACAACUCAUUGAGAAGAUGUUGAUUCAUGGUCGUGUUGUUGUCAUGACCAUAUUGAUCAUUCUAUACCGACAAUCGCAGAUCCUUGUUUCCCCGUUUUGUUGUCGAGCAAACAUCACCCAGCGAGAAUAGUGUUAACUUGUUAUCUAUCAUAUAACACAUUUCCAUGA